AUGUUGACUGAAUUUGACCUUUUGGUCUUUUGGCUCAGUGGGGAGUGCCACGGCAUUCCGUGUCGGCUCCGGCCCAACCUAUUUUUGUUUGCACAACUUCUUGUCAAGUGUCCUUGCGACACUGGAUGUGAGCACUGCAUAAGUGGAACGACAAUUGAAAUGCCUUUUCCGAUGAAUUUCUGCUCUUCAGGUCACUACAGAAUUUUGGGCCUGUUGGUUGUACACGUCAUAGCCUCACCCAGUCAGGACUUAGAGGAUGCCGCAGAGAGCCGGAUGAUGAGGGCAGAAAGAGAGGCCCCCCUUGGGGAUGUGGUUCCGAAAUUGCAGAAAUGGGCUUCCGUCCCAUGGGCUUUCGAACUCGGCCAGGCAACUCGACACUUGGGAGCCGCAAUCGACAUGUCAGGACGAGUCGAGUCCUUCCAUUCGUUGGCCGACGACGUCGAUUGCGUUUGGGGUGACUGGACGGAUUGGAGCGUCUGUCAGUUCACCUGUGGCGGAGGCGAGUCCAUCAGGACUCGAAAGGUGACGAUUAUGGCUCAGGGAGAGGGGCAGUCCUGCGAAGGAAGCACCAAAGACACCAGAGAAUGCACCAAGAACGACUGCCCGGUGGACUGUAUUUGGGCAGACUGGUCGAAGUACUCCACCUGCAGUGUCACCUGCGGUCCUGGCACAAAGUCCCGAAAUCGCGGAUUUCAGCAGGUGGCGCAGUUCGGUGGUGUGGCCUGCCCCGGAAAUGCCACGCAGUUUGGGGAAUGCAACUUGGGCGACUGCCCCGUUGAUUGCCUCUAUGCAGAUUGGGAUUCAUGGGGUGGCUGCUCCAAAUCCUGUGGCGGAGGGAUUCGAAAGCGCUUCCGCAGCGUCUCUGUCCAACCAGUGGGAGAUGGCAAGACAUGUGCACAGAUUGGGUCCAACUCUGAACAAACGAGUUGUGGACAGAACAGUUGUCCCGUGGAUUGCGUGAUGAAUGACUGGGGCCUUUGGGAUCUCUGUGACGUCACUUGCGGCAUUGGCACCACCAAGCGAAGCCGAAGUGUCAAGGUUGCUGCCAGCUAUGGUGGUCUGGAGUGUGGAACGCUGCUAGAGAACAAGACCUGCGACAACGGAGAGUGCCCCGUGGAUUGUGAACUCAGCGACUGGGGUGAAUGGAGUCCCUGCGACCGGUCCUGCAAGACAGAGUCGGAACCCGGAAUUCGAAAGCGUUUCCGCACAAUUGUGGAAGCCGGAAAUGAACUGGGGAAGGCGUGCCCCAUGAACAAGACGUCACAUGUGCAGACGAGCACCUGCGACUUGGAGAUGUGCCCGGUGGACUGCCAGCUCUACGACUGGACCGGCUGGUCGGAUUGCAGUGUCACCUGUGGACCUGGAAUUUCCGAACGCAAUCGUGAAGUCCAGUUUCCAGCCGCGUUUGGUGGCAGAGAAUGUGGAGCAGUAGGUGGGAACCUGACCUAUGAGAAGAAGUACUGCAGUGUGGAGACCUGUCCGGUUGACUGUGAAUGGUACGAUUGGCAAGAUUGGAGAGGAUGCUCCACCUCCUGUGGCCCAGGCACCGGCAUUCGCAUGCGGGUGGUGGAGACUCCGAUGCUUCAUGGUGGAAAGGACCAGAAGGGGGAGCUUCAGACUGUGAAGGCGGAAACUCUCAGCUUGAAGCUGACUACGGUGGCAGCCAGUGCAUUGGCGACAGCAAAGCAUCCAGAGGUGGAGAGUGGACCACCUGGACCGAUUGCUCCUCUUCGUGCGGCACUGGUCAACAGUCCAGAAGCCGAAGCAUUGCUGUCCAACCGCAGUUUGAAGGAACUGUUUGUGAGGGCUUUGCUGCUGAUACCAAGAGCUGCCCAGAUUUGCCACCUUGUCCCAUUGAUUGCGAGUGGGACGAGUGGGCAGAGUGGGGUGCAUGCUCUGCCACCUGUGGCACGGGGGUUCUUUGCUCAGGAUGGUGGCCACAUCUGCUGGGGCACAGAAGAUGACGAGCAGGUGUGCACUCUGAACCCGUGCCCCGUGGAUUGCACCAUGGGCGACUGGACCCAGUGGGGCACUUGCUCCACCACCUGUGGGCCAGGUUCCCAACUGCGCUUGCGUGGCAUUCGAGUCGGACCAGCCAAUGGUGGCCAGGAGUGCAGCGCAGAUCUCAACGAGACGAAAGAGUGUGAUCCGGGCGUAUGUCCCGUGGACUGUCAGUGGUCAUCUUGGGAAGGCUGGAGUAGAUGUAGCCGCACCUGCAAUGGGGGCAUCAACUCCAGAAAACGAACCGAGAAGGUGAGUGCUGCGCACGGUGGCAGAGCGUGUGUUGGUAGUGCGGAUGAAGAUGGCGUGUGCAACAUCCAGGGCUGCCCAGUGGAUUGCAAAUGGAUCCCUUGGAGCGAAUGGUCUGCAUGCUCCAGUUCCUGUGGUGGUGGCACCAGGACUCAAAGCCGAGUGGUGGAGAUUGCACCUCAAUGGGGUGGCUUGGAAUGUGAGACCAAAAACGACUUGGGUGGUCCGCCCAACGAGAAGACGGAGAGUUGCAACGAACAGCCUUGCCCCGUUGAUUGCCAGUGGUCCAGUUGGAGCAAGUACACCCUCUGCUCCAAGACUUGUGACACAGGGACCAUGUCGCGCAACAGAGUGAAGUCUCCACUGGAGACCUUUGGCGGUCGGCCUUGCUCCGGCGAUUCGGAAGAGUCCAACUUCUGCAACACCCAGGGCUGUCCGCGCGACUGCCAGUGGUCUGAGUGGACAGAAUGGACCAAAUGCUCCAAGAUCUGUGGAGGUGGUGAAAUCAAACGAUUUCGAGAUAUUGCCAUUCCAAGGAAAAACGGAGGAGUUUCCUGCGACGGCCCAACGGAGGAGAAAGCGGAGUGCAACUCCAUGGAAUGUCCCGUACACUGCGAGUGGGACGCAUGGACUGAAUGGAGUGCCUGCCCUGUGACCUGUGAUGGUGCCAUUCGCACACACUCCAGAGUCAAGAAGCAAGAGGAGAGAAACGGUGGACUACCUUGUGUCGGGAACAACACCGAGAGGGAGGGGUGCAACGAAGACCCAUGUCCAGUGGAUUGCAAAUUUUCCUCGUGGCAAGAGUGGGGAGACUGCUCGACCACUUGUGGCAUUGGGCAGCGCUUCCGGACACGAGUAAAGUCGGCUGAACUCUAUGGCGGACGGCCUUGUGAUGAGACCAUGGUGCAGUCGGGUGAAUGCGGCUCCAACAACGCCACUGAAGGGUGUCCCAUCCUGACCACGGCUCCACCCAGUACCACCACAACCGCGGAUCGUUGGGGAGAUCGUGGAUCUGGUCCUUUCGCCCCAAGUCGCCACGGAAAGCAGCAUGAGAUUCCUCUCCCCAGCGAUUUGAUGAAGAACUUCAGUUCUGUCAAGGCUACGAUCUCCGUGCAUUUCCCUUCAUCUCAGCGAUCUGCCGUGCAUUUCCACGCACCGAAGGAUCCACGAGAUUUGGCAAGCACCACCAGUCUGAAACUAGCAAGCAGUACAAUCAGCACGACGAUGCCAAAAGCGACCAGCAAGCAGGCUGAGCCGGACGUGGAACCGGAUGACGCCAAGGUCAACGAAGCGAUGGCCAACCUCUCGGCACGUCCUGGCAUGUUUCAACGGCUGCCGUGGCCAUCUGGCCAUCUCGCGGACCUGUCCAAGGCCUCCCCGAAGGAUUUGGACAAAUACCUGGUGGACAAAGCCCAGAAGGUCAUCGAUCGCGCCCAGAAGGAGCCUGGUGAGAUGUCGCCCGAAGACUUGGAGAUCAUGAGGAAUUUGUCGGCUGCUGCCGCUUCGACUCCAAUGACAGAAUCUUCCAAGAACUUUACGGUGCCAUUUCUCAGCCAGGAUGCCAAAAUUAAAGCCGAAGUGGCAGGUGACCUGGCCUUGGAUGUGGAUGACGCUGACAAGUUCGUCUCACUUCCGGGGGUGAAAACGGCCAUGCAGCAGGCUGUCAGCAAUUUGGCCAAGGUGAGUGGCAUCACAUCUUCCAAUGUCAAGGUGGAUUUGACCAUCCCUCAAGCCAUUCUCCUCUCCAUGUGGAGACGGAGAGCUGCAGGGAAUGUGAACGUGGCAUACCUCAUCGAGGUCUUGGAGAGUUCCGAAAGUGCUGAGAGUCGUGUCCUCAACGACAUCGGUGGGUCAUUGUGGCUUUGCAACAUUUUGCAACAACAUGCUUGA